AUGAUAAAAUCUACAGGACCGUCUAACACUGUCGUCUACAGGAAGAAGAAAAAGAAAUGCGAUGCUAGACGGCCUUACUGUUCCACCUGCGAGAUCGCCGGGAAGCAACACGAAUGUCAGUAUGAGGAAAACGUCCAACGUAACAUCACAGAGGCCCUUAUUGCCCGUAACCGCGCACUCGAGGAUGAAGUUGCAGCCUAUAAAGAGGUCAUGAAUACUUCGGUUGGGAUGGCUCAAUCAGAUCAUGCACCAUCGUUAUUCACGGCUGGGAUCAGUGAAUUUCUAUCAACCAAUUCUUCACGUCUAUCGCCCCUUGCACCCUUUAUCCCUAGCGAAGUCUCGAUUCCUAUGAUGAACAUCAGCCCCCUUGAUGGAAUCUCACCUGCCUCAAGGCCAUCUCAACUACUAUUUGUAAACGAAAUGCAAUCAGCCAUCAGCGAUCCUAGCACGGCUCUUACGGCGGCGGAGUACGCUUCGAGGUCUGCGAAUGUACAGGAAUUGAGCCAAUACCGUGCGACCUUCCUCUGUCAUCACGGACAAUUGGGUAUUAGCUUUCCAGCUGCCAAGAUGCAAGCCAUCAUGAACGCGGAUAUGUCAGGGGCGUCUGCACAUCCCGUCUUAGUUUUCCUUGCCCAAUUGAUGGGAUGUCGCUUGUGGCAAGAACAACAACGGAUCUUUUUGAGCGGCAAUGUUGAAGACGUGCAAUUGCAGUAUGUGAACCAAGCACUUUCCACUGUCCAAGACCCCAUCACAAUGCUCCAAGUUCACACGGUGCUUGCCAUUUUUUUCCUCAUCAAACGCAAAAUGCAUGAAGGGAGAGACCAGCUUUUGAAAGCCACUCAAGUUGCCGUAGAUUAUAACAUGCGUUUCGAUAAGCACCCUUCGGAGACUCUAGAGCCAUUUCAAGCUAUAAGCGACGAAGCACAGGAGCACAUCUGUGCUUUGAGCCAGUUGCUCUAUCUUGACAAAGCCGCUUCAAUUGUUCUCAACGAUCCAUCGCUAUUGGGCGCUGAGUAUGAGCAACAGUUUAGAUAUCUUCAAUAUAUGUUCCCUUCUAUUUUCAAAAAUAACCUAGUCGUCCUACGUGCAAAGAGUAUUGCCUUGCUGCACCAUACCCGCCGCAUGUCUGCCCGGUGGACGGAGAUUGUCCUGAACAUAGGCACUCCUCAGUAUUCCUCCAUGCCGAAUGCGCAGACUCAAUGGUAUGACGACUACUGGGAGCUCCUAGAAGAGAUAUCAGAGCACCUCGCUACCUUGAACCCAGCCAUGUUGAAAACAAGUUUCUUCCGCCAGCGUGAAUAUGCCCUUACGCUGAAAAUGUGCAUGAUAAUAUCCCUUACUGCCUCGGCGGAACUGCACCGAUUGCUGGCGAAUCAUCACACCGAAUCGCGACAUAGAUGUGUCGACAUUGUGUUCGAGAUUGUCGGCAUCACCAAAGGAUUGACCGAUGAAGAUUAUAUCUUUCUCGACCCAAUCCUUGGGACGUGUUGGUCCAUGGUGGCUACUGUGCUUAAUCAAGAGCGCGUAUCCCUCUUGGAUGAAUCACAGUGGAGGUCGUCUUUCUGCGUUAUCAUGAACUCGGCGCACAAAUUAGGCACCACCUUACCGUUCAUGGAGGACUCAGUUGAGACGAUCAGCGGUGUCGCUUCUCUGAAUCCCGAGUCGCCUACUAGUGUCGACACACCUAUAUGA